GUUGAUCUUAAAAUUGGAUUUCUAACCAUCUCCUUUUUGCAGAUUUAGUUGAAUAGAGAUAGUUCACUCGGUAUCAUAUUCGACUACAAUUCGUGUGCAGUCAAUUUGCCUCUUUUCUAUGAAUAACUGCUAGAUACCUGUGUCGAAAGCUCAGUAGAAAUCUUUCACUAUCACACCAUUAUAAGAACUAGAGCUGUUCGUUUCAUCUACCGGUCUCAAUUUAAGGAGAUGCACUUUUUGUGUCUUCAUGGUGGGGGGACAAACGGUCAGGUAUGUUUAUUAUUCUGCCCCUACAAGUACGAUUAUAGUGACCUGGAACCAGGUGUUUGAAACUCAACUCAGUGAGUAAAUUCCACUGCUCAUUUGCGAAAGGAUUUGCGAUUCAUACAUGAAAGGCUCAGUCAGACACGAGUUGGGCGAUAAUCACACCUACGAUUACGUUGAUGGUACCGUAAAAUUCCCCAUCGCUUCAGGUAGGUACAAUUUGCAACUUCAAAUCGGGGCAGUGGAAACAGCUACAUCACUCUUGUCGUCUAUCGCUAACCUUUUGUGUGUCUUGCUCUUUUUAGAAAUUGAAAUUAUUUUCCCAAAGGAUGACCAAUACUUUACAUAUUUUAAUGACGUUGCUACUGGCAAAAAGGCGAUUGAGGACCUCCGUCAAUUCGUCAAGUUAGAAGGCCCAUUUGAUGGAAUCAUUGGGUUUUGUAACGGCUCCCUAUUAGCAACAGCAAUGCUUAUUCAAGACUCAGAGUCAGGAAUUUUGGACCCCAACAUCAAGCUUGCGAUUUUGUUCUCUAAUCAAAGACUCGCCAACUGGAAAUUAUUGAUCACGAAGAGUGACCGAGUAUCAAUCGGGAUUCCUACUGCACAUAUUUGGGGUAAGAACGAUAACUUAAGCAUGGAUGCGCCAAGAGUCAUAGCGGAACUGUGCAACCCUAGCAUGAGAAGUAUUUUUGUUCACGAUGGUGGACAUGAAGUCCCAAGCGGAAAGGACAAAAGCGCUGUUAUCAGUUCUGUUAACAUAAUACGGAGGGCCAUUAACGCAGCAUUGUGA